AUGGCAAUCUUAUUCGAUAGACUGGGUGGUGCAAUGGUGUUCUCCAAAAUAGACCUGAAGAUAGGUUAUUGGCAAGUUCGGAUUGCAGAGGGUGAUGGACACGAGAUGACUUGUAGGACAAGAUAUGGGUUGUACGACUUCGUGGUUAUGCCAUUUGGCUUGACCAACGCUCCAGCCAUAUUUUGCACCCUGAUGAACCAAGUCUUCCGAGAGUACAUUGACAAAUUCGCAGUGGUCUACUUGGAUGACAUUGUGGUAUAUAGCCAAAUACUAGAAGAACACAUGGAGCACUUGCAGAAGGUGGAUACCCCAUCUUGGUGGAAAAUCCAUCCCGUUUUUCAUGUCAGUCUUCUGAAACCUUUUCGGGAAUACAUAGAGGAUCCUUCACGGAGUCAACUCACAAUACCCAGUAUUCGAGGCUCCAAUUCAACUGAAAAAGGCGUGCUGAAGCUAUUCUUGAUGAUCGAGUGA